AUGUCCGAUACGAAGAUCCAAGUGCAGGAUACCGAUGCGGAGAUCGCUGCGGACCCGACGUUCGGGGUUGAUGAGAAGAAACUCUUGCGCAAACUGGACUUGCAUAUCAUCCCUCUUGUGAUGCUUCUUUGUUAUGUGAACAUCGGAAAUGCGCGUCUCUAUAGUAUGGAGAAAGACCUCGGGUUGGUGGGGAAUCAGUUUCAAGUAGCUGUCUCUAUCUUCUACGUCACAUACCUGUUGUUUGAGGUCCCGUCAAACUUGGUACUCAAGCCUCUGACCCCCUCACGAUAUAUCUCCUUCGUCGCAAUCGGCUGGGGUAUCAUAGCCAUGUGCACCGGUUUCGUCCACAACUACGGCGCACUCAUUGCUAUACGCCUAAUCUUAGGAGUUGUCGAAGCUGGUCUCUUUCCAGGGCUUAAUGUGUACCUGACUUUCUUCUACACGAAGCAGGAACUCGCUUUGAGAGUUGGCUACCUCUUCGUCAGUGCCGCCAUUUCUGGUGCGUUAGGCGGUUUGCUGGCUUAUGGCAUUGGUCAGAUGGCGGGCGUCGCCGGGUAUAGUGGAUGGAGAUGGAUUUUUAUAAUCGAGGGGCUCCCUAGUAUCUUGAUAGGCGUUGCGGCUUUCUUCCUUCUCCCUAACGAUAUCGAGCAUGCCUAUUUUUUGACACCCGAGGAGAAGAAAUUCGCUGCGGCGAGACAUCUGCGCCAUUAUGGAUUCACGGAAAGCGCGCUGAAAUUUAGCAAGAACGACAUGAUGGCCGCAUUUAAGGACUGGAAGAUCUGGUUGUUCUGCCUUGGACAAUUUGGUGUUGAUACCAUGCUGUACGGAUACUCAACAUUCUUGCCAACGAUUAUUCGCGGUCUGGGAGAAUGGUCGACAGCAGAGAUCCAGCUUCUCACUAUUCCAUGUUACUUCGUUGGGGCCGUGACUUAUAUGGGAAUUGCAUUCCUAUCUGAUCGCAUGCAGAUGCGCGGCAUUUUUUGUGUUAUUUUUGGCGCUGUCAGCGUAGUUGGAUAUGGUGUGCUACUUUCAGAUUCAUCGGCAGGCGUACACUAUUUUGGUUGUUUCCUCGUCGCCACCGGACUCUACGUUAUUGUUGGCCUUCCGUUAGCUUGGUUACCAAAUAACACACCACGGUACGGCAAACGCACGACGGGUAACGGCAUGCAACUCACAUCUGGCAACACUGCAGGGAUCAUGUCAUCAUUCAUCUAUCCUAGUACGGCUGGACCGCGUUAUAUUACGGGGAAUGCUGUUUCUCUGUCUCUUGUAGGGAUGUCUACCUGCUUAUUUGGCUUCUUGUGGUUUUGGUUUGCUCGCGAAAAUAGAAAACGAGACGAGGGUCACAUUAAAUCUAUUCAUGAGGGUUUAUCGGAAGAUGAACUUGCUGAGCUUGGAGAUGAAAGCCCGAGAUUUAAUUCUAUGAGCAUCUACAGUUUCUUGAUCGCAGUCCGUUCCGAUGGCCAACAACUCACGAACGAGUCCGGUGACACAACAUCUCAUCUCAUGGGAAUGUUUUAUCGUACCUUACGGAUAGUCGACAAUGGCAUUAAGCCUCUCUACGUGUUCGAUGGUGCACCGCCCAAAUUGAAGUCAGGUGAAUUGGCUCGUCGUUUCCAGCGAAAAGCAGAGGCCAAGGAGGGACUCGAAGAGGCCAAAGAGACAGGAACAGCCGAAGAUAUUGAGAAGUUCUCUCGCCGAACUGUCCGAGUUACGAAAGAGCACAAUGCCGAAUGCCAGCAAUUGUUGAAAUUGAUGGGCAUCCCCUACAUCAUUGCCCCGACCGAAGCAGAAGCGCAAUGCGCCGCCCUCGCCAGAGCCGGGAAAGUCUUCGCAGCAGCUAGUGAGGAUAUGGAUACUCUAUGCUUUGAUGCUCCAGUUUUAUUACGCCACUUGACCUUCAGCGAGCAGAGAAAGGAGCCUAUUCAAGAGAUCCACGUGGAUAAGGUCCUCGAGGGAUUGAACAUGGAUCGUAAUCAGUUCGUUGACCUCUGCAUCUUGCUCGGCUGCGAUUACCUCGACCCCAUUCCAAAAGUCGGCCCUACCACUGCCCUGAAGUUAAUCCGACAAUACGGCACACUUGAAAAGGUUGUCGAAUACAUUAAGGGCGACUCCAAGUAUACGCUACCCGAGGACUGGCCUUUUGAAGAUGCUCGAGCUUUAUUCUUCGAGCCCGACGUUCGCAAGGCAGAUGAUCCGCUUUGCGACUUCAAGUGGGAAAAGCCAGAUAUCGAGGGACUUGUCAAGUUCUUAGCGAUCGACAAGGGUUUCAACGAGGACAGAGUCCGUGCUGGCGGUGCAAGAUUGGAGAAGGCCACCAAGAGCUCUCAGCAAGCCCGAUUGGAAGGCUUUUUCAAGGUUAUCCCGAAGACAGAUCAAGAGAAGGCUACACACAAGCGCAAGCUAGAAGAGCAGAAUGAGGCUAAGCGGAAGAAGGCGAAGGAGGACAAGAAGGAGAAGGCCAAGGCUAAGGCGAAGCCCCGUGGAACGGCAUAA